AUGGUACAAAAAUAUCAGUCACCUGUAAGAGUGUACCGUUAUCCAUUUGAACUUGUCAUGGCUGCAUAUGAAAAACGAUUUCCUACCUGUCCAAUGAUACCAGUUUUUCUUGGAAGCGAUAUUACAUCAGACUAUAAAAGUGAGGAUGGUGCAGUUGAAAUUAUUGAAAGACGUUGUCGAUUGAAUAUUGAUGCGCCAUAUCUUCUGAAAAAGAUUGCUGGCGUUGAUACAGUUAUAUUUUUACAAAAAAAUCAUCUUGAUCGACGACAACGUACAUUAAAAAUUGAUGCAUGCAAUGAAAGUUUUGCAUCACGAUUAAUUAUCAAAGAAUAUUGUCAUUAUUACGUUCAUCCUGAAAAUUCUUUAUGGACUUGUUUUGAACAAAGUGCAUUUCUUGAUAUAAAAUCAUUUUUUGGUUUUGAAACAACGGUGGAAAAAAUUGCUAUGAAACAAUAUUCGGCCAAUUUAAGUAAAGGCAAAGAAGUAAUUGAACAUUAUGUUUCGGAAAUAAUAGCACAAGGCAAACAGCAUAUACCACUAUGGGAAUCUCCAUCAUCAUCUCAAUUAACAAUAACAACAGAAAACAACAAUAAUUCUCAUACAUUAUCAGAGUCUAAAACUCCAGCAUCUCCGGCAUUAGCAGCUGCUCGACGACGUCUUUCUUCAUUUGAAUCAACAAACUUUUUUCCAUCAUCGUCUCCCCCACGAAUAUCAACGGCUGGCGCUGUUUCUGCAUAUGCAGCAAAUAUUGACUCUUUAUCUGAUGAUUUGGGAGCAUUUCAAAUUGAACAAACAGUUAAUGAAAAGAUUGCUGACAAUAUUGAGGAUGAAUAUAUUCAACGAUUCAUAGGAAUUUUGGAUCCAUACGAAGAAUCGUGUCUUGUGCAAUUGAGAAAAUGGGUAACUGAAACACACAAAGGAAAGAUGCCAAAUGAUUCACAUUUAUUACGUUUUCUUCGUGCUCGUCGAUUUGAUAUUGAAAAAGCACGAGAAUUUAUUUGUCAUAGUUUAGCGUGGAGAAAAAAGAAUGGUGUUGAUAAAUUAUUGCUAUAUUAUGAAGUACCAGAAGUCUUUCAGAAAUAUUUCCCUGGUGGAUUUAUAGGGGCAGAUCGAGAUGGAAGACCCGUUUUUGUCUUACGUCUUGGCGAAAUGGAUGUUCGAGGUGUAAUGAAAUCAUUGAAAGGAGAGGACGAAUUUAUUAAAUAUACAAUCUACCUUGUUGAACAAGGUCUGCAUAAAUGUGAUGAAAAUACAAAAUUAUUUGGAAAACCAAUAAGUUCCGUGUGUGUAAUCCUUGACUUCGAGAAUUUCAGUGUGAAGCAUUUGUACCGGCCAGGUUUCCGUUUGUUGAGUCAAAUUAUUGAUGUCAUGGAUUCACAUUAUCCCGAAACACUUGGAAGAUUAAUUUUUACACACUCACCAAAAUUAUUUCCAGUGUUAUGGACAAUUAUUAACACAUUUAUUGAAGAACGUACAAGAGAGAAGUUUAUUAUAUUAAAAGCAGAUGAACUUGUUGACUACAUUGAUGAAAAUAAUCUUCCUGAUUUUCUUGGCGGCUUAACCACUAUUCAAUUACCAAACGGCGGUCUCGUACCUCGAUCUAUGUACGUUAAUGAUGAUGAACCAGAUAAAUUUGAUAGUGAAAGUACAUUGUUUGGCGACAAUGAAUACGUGGUGACAACGCUGAAAGAUGGAGGUUCACAUGAAAUUCAUGUUCCGAUUAAUCAACGUGGAGAAAAGAUCACCGUUGAUUUUGAUAUACUCAAAGGCGAUUGUAUAUUUACAAUAUAUCGUACAUCAUUAUUAAAUUCUGAUGAUUUAACAUCACCAUCUCUACCGUCGGCAAGCGCUGCUCGUAGUAGUGUUAGCACAAUAAUACCAUCAUCGACCAUCUAUGAUAAACCAUUUCAAGAUAAUCCUCCUGAUGUACUAAAAGUGAUUAGUCUCACAUGCCACGAUGGUGACACUCAUCAGCAAACAUUCGUCUGUCAACAAACUGGAAGUUAUAUUUUACAAUGGAAACAAUAUAACCCCAUGCAUACAAGUCCAUUUGACUUUAUAUCUGGUGGACACAAAACAAAAAUAAUGUUUCAUUAUUCUAAAACAUUAUCUAGACUAUCAAUCAAUGGUACGAUUUUAGAACAAUCACAAUCAUCUAGAACUACAAGUGUGCCUAGCUGA